AUGUGUAUUUCUUUUCUUCCAGCAGAGAAACCCACAAAAUCUGCUAUUAAAGCUAGAUCACAUUACAAAGAUAAAGAUGAACGGCCACCUGGCGGUAAACCCAAACCUCCCCCUAAACCUACCUCUCUACUUACCACGCCAGCGGAGCUCAGGCGUUACGAAAUUCCUAAAGGACCCGGACUUAGCCCCGAGCUCUGUUCGAAGCUCCGCUACCUCAAGCGACAAACCCGAGAUCUACAGGCCGAAGUCCGCAGCCUGCGCAGGAUGGCCCAGAGUCAAGCCGAGUCAGCUCGAGAGAGUGUUAAAGAAAUAUGCUUUAAGCUUAAGGAAAUGCUGGCCGUAGUUCAAGACACAAGCGUGAUGACUGAGAGGGAUCGAAUAGCUCGAGAUGAAGACUUCUACCGGCAAGAUGUUGUGCAGGUGGAAAGAGAUUUAUC